ACUUCUGCCAUACUGAAGGCUCCUGCAUGUGUCGCACUGGUGUUGCCAUAUGUCUGAGUAUACACGGGGUGAACGGGCGACUGAGUGUUGUUGACGGAAGAAAAGUGUGGUGUCGGGUGGAAAGCUGUUUGACCAGAGGUUACGGCACAAUAUGGCUCAUCGACAUCCACCAGCGUUUCCCCAUGCUCGACAAGCUCAGAUCAUCCGCGCAAACCAGAGGGAUUUAUUUCAUGUAGUUUCGUUGAAGGAGCAGGUGGAAAACGUGCUCCGGUCUUGGCUUGGGACCAGACGGUUGAUGCGAUGGGACAAGGAAGUCGAGUUGAUGGUAAAGCUGUUGUACUAUGGCCUGUCCAUGAGUAGAGCAUUACAGACCCUUGGUGAAGAGUAUACAGACAUUUGGGAACGUUCUACGACAACCGGACGAUCCCCGUCCAGGGUUACGCGGAUAGCACUAAUCCUUCUGCCAACCCUACCCUCUUACAUUUAUGCCAGGUCGGAGUCGCACUUGGAUAAGCUGCCUCCCAAACUCGCCUGGAUGUUGCGAACGUUGCCCACGGUUUUGGAGGUGGCGUCUGAUGUGAACCUGGCCAUAUUUUACCUGAGGGGAACAUAUUACGACCUUAUCAAACAGAUGCUGGGUAUUCGGCAUAUUUCGUCCACACCAGAGAAUCCGCACGUCCGACCUCCUUCGUAUUCGCUUCUUGGAGUCCUCAUCAUGAUCAGACUGCUUUAUCGACUCACUGCUCACCUCCGGAGUAGGUUAUCGUCGGAGCCAUCAGCAAAAACACGUGCUGCAGAUGUUGGUGCACGCGAAAUGUUUAUCGAUGACCGACCCGUAUCUACCAUGCUCGAUGCAGGUGAUUUUGAUGCACAGCAAACCAAGUCAGCAGAGGAUGACCAGAACACGGUCCUCGACAUUAGUUCAUUGCCGCCUCGAGUGAGGGCGGCGAGGACAUGCACACUGUGUCUCGAAGAAAGAACUGACGGUUGUGCAACCGAGUGCGGGCAUCUAUUUUGUUGGAACUGUAUCAUGGGAUGGGGGAGAGAAAAGGCAGAAUGUCCACUCUGUCGACAGGCGUUGAACCUUACCAGACUGUUACCGAUCUAUAACCUUUAGUGUAGCCCAGGAGAUUUCACGCCUUCGCAUUUAUUAUACAAUACAUGCAUGUCCGGGCGUACGCAGGGGGGGGAUCGUUUUUACAGAUCAGAGUCAUCGUCAUCCGACGAUUGGCUGGAUAAGAGUGAUGUUGUCGCCUUUUAGCAGAAUACGACCUAAACCGCAAUAUCGUAACGGUGAAAAGUUAGCACGAGCAUGGGGGGAAAA